AUUUUAAUCAAGUUAAAAAUAUAGCACAUGAUUUGUGCUUGACAGUAUCCGCAUGCAGAUACGAUUGAUUUUAAUUAAUAAUGUUACCGGCAUAUUCAGUUGAUUUAAGAUAUCAUUUAAGAAUAUUACAAAUUUAAUUGAUUUUAAUUGUGACAUUGUUUUAAAAGUAUAAUAAGUGGUGUGUCAAGAUGAAUAAAAAAGCUAUCACCGCAUUUUAUUUGACAUUAAAUAUUUUCUUUUCCAUUGUUAUCGUAUUACUAAAUAAGUGGCUGUAUAUUCAUACUAAAUUUCCUAAUAUUACAUUGUCAAUGAUACAUUUUAUUAUUACCUUUAUCGGUUUACUCAUUUGUCAAAGAAUGUAUGUCUUUUGUGUCAAGGAUAUUGAUAUUAGAGAGAUGUUAUUUAUUGCAGUUACAUUUUGUGGAUUUGUUGUAUUAACAAAUUUAAGUCUCGCUCAUAAUACAGUUGGAACGUAUCAAGUGGCUAAAAUGCUAACAACCCCUUGCAUUAUUUUUAUGCAAAUAUUAUUUUAUAAAAAACACUUCAGCAUAUUUGUUAAAUUGACAUUAAUUCCAAUCAUUAUUGGCGUUAUAAUGAAUUUUUAUUAUGACAUACAAUUUAAUGUCAUUGGAACGGUUUAUGCAACCUUGGGAGUAUUUGUGACAUCUUUAUAUCAAGUUUUAAUUAACAGAAAACAAAAAGAAUUUCAAAUGGAUCCUAUGCAAUUGUUGUAUUAUCAAGCACCCUUAUCAGCAAUUAUGUUGCUUAUUGUUGUACCAUUGUUGGAACCUGUUGGACAGACCCUCAGUUACAAUUGGACAUUUUGGGACAUAUUCAUGGUUAUAUCUUCUGGCAUAGUUGCAUUUUUUGUAAAUCUAACAUCGUAUUGGAUAAUAGGACAAACCUCACCUUUAACAUAUAAUAUGGUGGGACAUUCCAAAUUCUGUCUUUUACUUUUGGGUGGAGCUAUUGUAUUUCAUGAAACUUUAGCGAUGAAUCAAGUCAUUGGAAUAACUUUGACAUUGACUGGAAUUAUUUUGUAUGCUCAUGUCAAGAUGAAAGAUAUACAAAAUGUUACCUCGGAACUUGCAUUAGAAGAAAGAAAACCUCUGUAUAAAGUGUAAUUAAUUUUGUAUAAA